AUGGCGGCCCACAUGAAGGCCGUGGAGGAGGCCGAGGCGCGCGGCGCCACCGGCGACCGCGGGGCCUGGAAGUGGAAGAUCCGGCAGAGGAUUUGGGAUUACAUGGAGGAGAACGACAUCGCCGCCAACCCGCGCCCCGUGCACCACCGCAUCCCCAACUUUGUGCAGGCUGAGCUGACAGCCAAGCAGGUGGCGAUGCUGCCGGAGUUUCAGGCCGCCAAGUGGGUGAAGGUGAAUCCUGAUCGCCCGCAGGCCGAGGUCCGGGCCACGGUUCUGCGGGCCGGGAAGAUGCUGCUGGUGCCGCAGCCCAGGUUGCGCACCGGAUUCUUCAGCGUGCUGGAUCCCAGCAAGAUCCCCGCGGAGAAGUACGGCUACGCCUGCACACAGGCUGGCGUGGUGGCAUAUGGCGAGCCGAUCGAACUGGAGGCAGACCUCAAAGUCGAUAUGGUUAUCAUCGGCUCGGUGGCUGUGAAUGCAGCCAAUGGGGCGAGGCUUGGCAAGGGCGAAGGCUUUGCCGAGCUGGAGUAUGGCAUGCUGCGUCUGAUGGGGGCCAUUACAGAUGACACGCCGGUUGUGAGCUGCAUCCAUGACUGCCAGCUGGUGGAUGACAUUCCUUCCGAGAAGCUGUUGUGCCACGAUGUGCCCGUGGACAUCAUUUGCACGCCCACCAGGACCAUCCGGGUGGAGUGCAGCCUACCGAAACCCACGGGCAUCUACUGGGACAAGCUCUCCCCUCAGAAGCUGGGUUCCAUUCUGAUCCUGCAGAAGCUGAAAGCCAAGCUGGAGAGAGCGCCUCGGUGGGGUUUUCAGCCAGUUGAACGGGUGGUCCAAACGAUUCCUGCGCCCAAUACCGAUGCCCAUUUGCGAUGUGAGUCGGUUCUAUCAGCACAUAGUUUUGUUUUCGUCAAGCACAUGGAUUAUUUUUCAUCACAGGGUCGAUCGACAUGUUAA